GUGGCCACGUGCUUCUGACCCUCAGCAGGACCAGAUGUACAGGGAGAAGGCAGGCUGUGGACAGCUAGGGAGGGAAGCCUAGGACGGUGGGGGCCGGGGACAGUGGGACUUGGGGGUGUGGGACCAGCACAGGACACUGAGGCUGCUGUUCAUCCCAGGCAGAGAUGGAGCUGGAGGCCAAGACGAACAGACUCCCACACGGCGGCAGUGACCAGUGUGGCUACAGCAAACAAGACAAGGAAAAAGUGAAGAAAGUGAAUAUGAUUGGACCGUUAGCAUUGUUCCGGUACUCUGACUGGCAGGACCAAGCGCUCAUGUGCCUGGGCACCGUCAUGGCUGUCGCUCACGGGUCAGGCCUUCCCCUCAUGAUGAUAGUGUUUGGGGACAUGGCGGAUAAGUUUAUUAACACUGAUGGAAACUUCUCCUUUCCAGUGAAUUUUUCAUUGUCACAGCUAAAUCCAGGCAGAAUUUUGGAAGAAGAAAUGACUAGAUAUGCCUAUUAUUACUCAGGAUUAGGUGCCGGAGUUCUGGUUGCUGCCUAUAUACAGGUUUCAUUUUGGACUUUGGCCGCUGGCCGACAGAUUAAGAAAAUUAGGCAAAAGUUUUUUCAUGCUAUUCUACGACAGGAGAUAGGCUGGUUUGACAUCAACGACAUCACUGAACUCAACACACGGCUAACAGAUGACAUCUCCAAAAUCAGUGAAGGAAUUGGUGACAAAGUUGGAAUGUUCUUUCAAGCAGUAGCCACGUUUUUUGCAGGAUUCAUAGUGGGUUUCAUCAGAGGCUGGAAACUCACCCUCGUGGUCAUGGCCAUCAGCCCUGUGCUGGGACUGUCUACAGCGGUCUGGGCAAAGAUUCUCUCAUCGUUUAGUGACAAGGAACUGGCCGCGUAUGCCAAGGCAGGCGCUGUGGCAGAAGAGGCCCUGGGGGCCAUCAGGACUGUGAUAGCUUUCGGAGGCCAGAACAAAAUGCUGAAAAGGUAUCAGAAACAUUUAGAGAAUGCCAAAAAGAUUGGAAUUAAGAAGGCAAUUUCUGCAAGCAUUUCCAUGGGCAUUGCCUUCCUGUUAAUAUAUGCAUCGUAUGCGCUGGCCUUCUGGUAUGGAUCCACACUGGUUCUAUCAAAAGAAUAUACUAUUGGAAAUGCAAUGACAGUCUUCUUUUCCAUCCUCAUUGGAGCAUUCAGCAUUGGCCAGGCUGCUCCAUGUAUUGAUGCUUUUGCCAAUGCAAGAGGAGCAGCCUAUAUGAUUUUUGGAAUUAUUGACAGUAAUCCUAAAAUUGACAGUUUUUCAAAGAAAGGACACAAACUAGACAGCAUCAAAGGAAAUCUGGAAUUCAGUAAUGUUCAUUUUUCUUAUCCAUCUCGAGCCAAUGUCAAGAUCCUGAAGGGCCUCAGCCUGCGCGUGCAGAGUGGCCAGACCUUGGCCCUGGUCGGCCGCAGCGGCUGUGGGAAGAGCACGGCAGUGCAGCUGGUGCAGAGGUUCUACGACCCCACCCAGGGCACGAUUAGUAUUGAUGGGCAGGACAUCAGGAGCCUUAAUGUGAGCUAUCUGAGGGAAAUAAUUGGAGUGGUGAGUCAAGAGCCUGUGCUAUUUUCUACCACUAUUGCUGAAAACAUUCGCUAUGGCCACGGAAAUGUCACCAUGGAUGAGAUCGAGAGAGCUGUCAAAGAAGCCAAUGCCUAUGAGUUUAUCAUGAGAUUGCCACAGAAAUUUGACACCCUGGUUGGAGAGAGAGGGGCGCAGCUGAGCGGUGGACAGAAACAGAGAAUUGCAAUUGCACGUGCCCUGGUUCGCAACCCCAAGAUCCUGCUGCUGGACGAGGCCACAUCAGCCCUGGACAGCGAGAGCGAGGCCGAGGUGCAGACUGCGCUGGACAAGGCCCGAAAAGGCCGGACCACCAUUGUGAUAGCACACAGACUGUCUGCCGUCCGUAACGCCGAUGUCAUUGCUGCCUUUGAGGAUGGAGUCAUUGUGGAGCAGGGAAGCCACAGCGAGCUGAUGAGGAAAGAAGGGGUCUACUUCAAACUGGUCAACAUGCAGACAUCAGGAAACCAGAUUCAGUCAGAAUUUGAACUGGAACUGAAUGAAGAAAAGGCUGCUCCUGGUAUGACCUCAAAUGGCUGGAAAUCUCGCAUAUUUAGGAAUUCUACUAGUAAAAGCCGUAAAAAUUCACAAAUGUGUCAUAAUGGCCUUGAUGGAGAAACCAAUGAACUUGAUGCAAAUGUGCCACCAGUGUCUUUUCUGAAGGUCCUGAAACUCAGUAAAACUGAAUGGCCCUACCUUAUGGUGGGGACCAUCUGCGCCCUUGCCAAUGGGGCCCUGCAGCCGACAUUUUCCAUCAUAUUUUCCGAGAUGAUCGCAAUUUUCGGGUCAGGGGAUGAAGUGGUGAAGCAGCACAAAUGCAACAUGUUCUCUCUGCUCUUCCUGGCUCUGGGGAUUAUUUCUUUCUUCACUUUUUUCCUUCAGGGCUUCACAUUUGGGAAAGCUGGAGAGAUCCUCACCAUGAGGCUGCGGUCUAUGGCUUUCAAGGCAAUGCUGAGACAGGACAUGAGCUGGUUUGAUGAUCAUAAAAACAGUACGGGUGCACUUUCCACAAGACUUGCCACGGAUGCCGCCCAAGUCCAAGGAGCCACAGGUACCAGGCUGGCUCUGAUCGCACAGAACACAGCAAACCUUGGAACUGGCAUCAUCAUCUCCUUUAUCUACGGUUGGCAACUAACUCUAUUGCUGUUAGCAGUUGUUCCAUUUAUUGCUGUAUCAGGAAUCGUUGAGAUGAAAAUGUUGGCUGGAAAUGCCAAAAGAGAUAAAAAAGAACUGGAAAUAGCUGGCAAGAUUGCAACAGAAGCAAUAGAAAAUAUUAGAACAGUUGUGUCUUUGACCCAGGAAAGAAAAUUUGAAUCAAUGUAUGUCGACAAACUGGAUGGGCCUUACAGGAACUCGGUGAGGAAGGCACACAUGUAUGGCAUCACAUUUAGCAUCUCACAAGCAUUUAUGUAUUUUUCCUAUGCUGGUUGCUUUCGAUUUGGUGCCUAUCUCAUUGUGAAUGGACACAUGCGCUUCAGGGAUGUUAUUCUGGUGUUUUCAGCGAUUGUGUUGGGUGCUGUGGCUCUAGGACACGCGAGCUCGUUUGCUCCUGACUAUGCCAAAGCCAAGCUGUCUGCAGCCCACUUAUUCCAGCUGUUCCAGAGACAGCCUUUGGUUGACAGCUACAGUCGACUGGGGCUGUGGCCUGAUAAAUUUGAAGGAAAUGUGAAAUUUAACGAAGUUGUGUUCAACUACCCCACCCGGCCAACCGUGCCUGUGCUGCGGGGGCUGAGCCUCGAGGUGAAGAGGGGCCAGACGCUGGCCCUGGUGGGCGGCAGCGGCUGUGGGAAGAGCACGGUGGUGCAGCUCCUCGAGCGCUUCUACGACCCUGUGGCUGGAGCAGUGCUUCUGGAUGGUCAGGAAGCAAAGAAACUGAAUGUGCAGUGGCUCCGAGCCCAGCUGGGCAUCGUGUCCCAGGAGCCUGUCCUGUUCGACUGCAGCAUCGAGGAGAACAUUGCCUACGGGGACAACAGCCGGGCGGUGACCCAGGAGGAGGUCAUGAGCGCGGCCAAGGCAGCCAACAUCCACCAGUUCAUCGAGACGCUGCCCCAUAAAUACCAGACUCGAGUGGGGGACAAGGGGACUCAGCUCUCCGGCGGGCAGAAGCAGAGGAUCGCAAUCGCCCGGGCCCUGGUCAGGCAGCCGCGAAUACUGCUGCUGGACGAGGCCACCUCAGCGCUGGAUUCCGAGAGCGAAAAGGUGGUCCAGGAAGCCCUGGACCGAGCCAGAGAAGGCCGCACCUGCAUCGUAAUUGCGCACCGGCUGCCCACCAUCCACAGCGCAGACGUCAUCGUGGUGAUCGAGAACGGCAAGGUCAGGGAGCAGGGCACCCAUCAGCAGCUGCUGGCGCAGAGAGGCAUCUACUUCUCGAUGGUCAGCGUUCAGGCUGGCACACAGGACUCGUGACCUCUUGUCACAGUGUACC